AUGGUGGACCCGGGUCAAAACCACACCAAGACAACUGUGAAGAGUUCAGCUGUGGAUUUAAGUCUUGAAACGAUCAGAUCUGGAAACAACGAUGGAGAGAGCUCUCUUCUCUCAGCGAAAGGAAACACCAUGCAGAUCAACCUGGAAAGUCUAGCCAAAAACAACAAUGGUUCUGCAGCAGCUGCCUUCAUGACAUUAAGUGGGAUGGAGAGUCUUCUAAGUCAUCAAUACUUUGAAACAGAAAACAGGACGGAGAUGUACUCGGAUAUUAUCACCGCAAUCCUGCCCUCAAUGAACAACACCAACCUCCCAGAACCUGUUAAUUUUACCAUCCAUCACAGGAAGGCACUGCCUGAAUCUGGUUUGGUAACCUGUGUGUACUGGGAGGACAAAUCACAUGAGACAGGAAUGGGAGAAGGAAGUGAAAAAGGAGGAGAAAAGGCCAAGACUAUGCGUUGGUCAGUAGAGGGCUGCUGGGUUGCAUACACUAAUGAAAACUACACAGUGUGCAGCUGCUCCCAUCUCUCCACAUUUGCCCUCAUCCUGCAGAUAGGGGAGCCUCCACCAGAGGAUCCUUUCUUAGAGUGGCUGAACCGGAUGUGUGUGAUUGUCGGACUAUUCUUCUUCGCACUGGCCAUCCUCACCUUCCUGCUGUGUAGCUGGAACCGCAAGAUUAACAACACAGCCCGUCUUCACCUCUGUCUCAGCCUCGCCUUGUCUCAUCUCCUGCUGCUGUGGAAUGACAGAUAUGUUGAACAUGAGCUGGCCUGCACUGUCGUGGCCGGGCUUCUCCACUUCUUAAUUGUUGCGAGUUUUGUGUGGAUGCUGCUGGAGGCUCUGCAGCUCCACCUGCUGGUCCGAAGGCUCUCGAAGGUGCAGGUCAUCCGGAGAGAUGGCCUCCCCGGGCCACUUCUCUAUCUGAUCGGCUACGGCGUUCCAUUUGUGAUUGUGGGUAUUUCUGCACUGGUGUAUUCUGAUGGUUAUGGUGCUACUGAGGCAGAAGUGUGCUGGCUGUCACAAGAACGCAGUUUCAAAUGGGCUUUAACAGGACCUGUAAUUACUGUCCUUGCACUUAACUGCAUCUUGUUCUGUGCUACUUUAUGGAGUCUGAGACCCACCUUGACCAACAUGAAGAGUGAUAUCUCUCAGUCCAAAGAUACUAGAUUGAUUGUGUUCAAGAUCCUGGCCCAGUUUGUCAUACUGGGCUGUACGUGGAUUCUGGGCCUGUACCAGAGUAAUCUUUUCUUUAAAGUCCUUUUCAUAAUCCUUAACUCCCAGCAGGGCACCUUCCUCUACAUCGUCCACUGCCUGCUCAAUAAGGAGGUUAGAGAAGAAUACAUGAAAUGGCUGACCUGUUCUUUCAGUAGGCCCAGAGAAGGAGGAUCUGUGAAAGAUGCACCGUCAGUCUCCGAGGACUUGGACAAGGGUGAAGAGCAGACAGACUAAUGGUGAUGAAACAAUUAUGACACAGAAGAGAGCUGGAAGACAGAGAAGA